UGAACCGGUGGGAGAGCAGGCAAAAGCCCAAAACCCAGAACAGAGUUUAACGUUGCCUCAAACUAGACAACGAGGAUUCAAAUCACGCAAUGGAAAAUUUGAAGACUUGGCUUUACUUCCUCUUCCUCUCCUUAUUGUCAUGGGCCUCAACGGCUCCUACAUCCCUCGCCGACGGCGUCACUCCAGAUGAAGCCCUGGAACUGCGAGACGAGGUGAGAGAAAUGUUCUACCAUGCUUUUGAUGGAUAUAUGGAGUAUGCUUUCCCCCUCGAUGAAUUAAGACCUUUGUCGUGUGCAGGAGAAGAUUCACUUGGUGGUUAUGCCUUGACUCUAAUCGACUCCUUAGAUACUUUGGCUUUACUUGGUGACCGAGAGCGCUUCACGUUAUCUGUUGAAUGGAUUGGUAAAAAUCUUCGGUUUGAGAUAAAUAAAACGGUGUCUUUGUUUGAGACGUCCAUCAGGGUACUCGGUGGUUUACUCUCUGCUCAUCUUAUUGCAAGUGAUUAUGCUACGGGUAUGAGAAUUCCAUCAUAUGAUAAUCAAUUACUCGACUUAGCUGUCGAUCUGGCCCAUAGGUUGUUGCCUGCGUUUGACACUCCAACAGGAAUUCCAUAUGGAUCUGUCAAUCUAUUGCAUGGAGUUGAUGAACAUGAAAGCAAGAUAACAUCAACGGCUGGUGGUGGGACUUUGACCUUGGAAUUUGGGGUGCUUAGCCGCUUGACAAAUGAUCCUAUUUUUUAUCAAGUUGCCAAGAAAGCAGUACGUGGACUAUGGGCUCGUCGUUCAAGGUUAAACUUAGUCGGUGCUCAUAUCAAUGUAUUUACUGGUGAAUGGACACAAAAGGAUGCCGGAAUAGGGACAAGUAUCGACUCUUUCUAUGAGUAUCUCUUGAAGGCUUAUUUAUUGUUUGGAGAUGAGGAGUAUCUGUUCAUCUUUCAAGAGGCUUAUGCUGCUGCUAUGCAUUACCUUUACAAUGAUCCUUGGUACGUUGAGGUGAAUAUGGAUUCUGCUGCCAUUGUCUGGCCAUUAUUUAAUAGCUUGCAGGCUUUCUGGCCAGGCCUUCAGGUUUUGGCUGGUGACAUUGAUCCUGCUAUCCGAACACAUACUGCUUUCUUUAGCGUCUGGCAAAGAUAUGGAUUCACUCCUGAGGGUUUUAAUCUUGCCACUCUAACCGUGCAGCAUGGGCAAAAAAGUUAUCCAUUGCGUCCAGAGUUAAUGGAGAGUACAUACUGGUUAUACAAAGCUACAAGAGAUCCCAGAUAUCUUGAUGCUGGAAGGGACAUGGUUACUAGUUUGCAGAAUGGGGCUCGAUGCCCUUGUGGAUAUUGUCAUAUAUCAGAUGUUGAGUUUCAAAAGAAGGAAGAUCACAUGGAGAGCUUUUUCCUAGCUGAAACAGUUAAGUAUCUGUGGCUUCUUUUUGAUUUGGCUGUGGGUCCAGAUAACCUUGUAGAGAAUGGGCCAUACAAGUAUAUCUUUAGCACUGAGGGCCACCUAUUGCCUACAACCCCAGAGAUAUCUCCAGUUUGGGGAAAUGGUUCCUAUAUUGGUGGUUACUGUAACCGUGGUGACUCAAAGCAGGAACCUCAUCCGUCAGAUGUUACAAAUGAUACUAAAGAAACUAAUGGUAGAACAUUCUAUGGAGGCUGGGUUUCCUCUGAAUCUCCACCAGAUUCCUCAAUUUUCAAGGCAAAUUCAGUAUCAGGGUUAAUCAAGGGACGUUGUCCAGGAUUGACUCAUGGGCAGAAAUAUGGCAUACAAUAUCUUGGUUCAACUAGUAGAACUGAAGAAGAGGAUGAGUCCAAACAACACAGAGAAUCCACACAACAGAGACAAAGGACUGUAAUUCAAAGCCAUUCUGUGCUACUUGUUUCUGACCAAAGUGCUGAUUAUUCUGUGUCUGAUGGAAACAAUGACAACGGUGUUCCAGAAUCCAUUGAUAAAGGAUCAGAGAGUAAUCCUCAAUAAUGAGGAAGGCAAUGCUUUGUGUCCGUGAGUUCAGUGGAACCAGAGUAAUCCUUUUUAGUUCUGCUUCAGCAUAUUCUGUUCUCAGCCAUCUAUAGUUUCUCCUGAUGAUGGUCCAUGACAUUCAUUGGGAUGGAUAGUUUUUGACAUGUUACAGUGAUUUGGGCUAGUUAUUCAAAGUAUGAAACUAAUUGAUAUUCUCUUCUGGAUGUCGCUUGUGGCUUGAAGAUUACAACCUCGAGUUUGACUGAUUCGGCAAAUGUUUAUAGAGUGAGCAUGGAGCCUGAAGAUAGGAACACAGAAUUGGAGGAUGACUAGGAUUGGUUUCUAGUGCUGAUUAUGCUGCUCCUGAGGCGGGGACGCAUAGGCUGUGUGCAUUAGUCUUGCCCUUUGGGGCUGUGUAACUAAGAAUAAUUUAUUGAAUGUUGUUGUACAUUUAUCAACAGGGCCUCGGCUGAGUUUCGUCAGCUAAGCUAUCUGAUCAAUUCAUUUUGAACUUUUACAGACAGGUCAGAUGCUGGUUUCAGGAAUUGAUCCAUAUCUAUCAAUAAGUUCUCUCAUUGAGGAUGGUGAAGUAGUGUAUUAGACCAUGCAAUUUUCUGCAGAGUCCUACAAAAUCUAUAUAUUUUGCGUUGUCUUUAAA